CGAUAAAAUCCUUAAUAUUGAUUUUAAUAAAACACGAAAUUAAUAAACUGAUUUUAAAGUUUAGAUACUAUUAAUCUCAUAGAGAAAUCUGAAUUACCGAAGUGAAGCCACGUGCCGAUGGUUGCACGCUUAUUAUUGACUAGCUUUGCGACGCGUGCGCAGACAAGAAGAUAAAAUCCUGUCAGUGCUAUCUGUGCCGGUUUGCAGCGGAGGUACGGUGGCAUUUACAUCGGUGUCGUCUGUCACAUCCACAAUGUGCAACUACAUCACUUUCUUGAUCGUGGCUUUAGCCUUUUUCAACGCGGUAAAUGCAAGGCAUAAAGUAUUGCUUGUUUUAGUAGAUGGAUGCCGCUGGGAUUAUCCAGAUACCGAUUCUACUCUGACAGGAUUCAAGAAACUAGCCGAAAAGGGUGUUAGAGCCGAGUAUGUUACACCUAUUUUUCCGUCCAAUUCAUAUCCAAAUUGGUACACAAUAGUUACAGGACUUUAUGCCGAAAGCCACGGAUUUGUGCAGAAUAUGAUGUACGAUCCUAUCCACAAAGAUUUCUUUUUAAUGGGACCGAACAAAACGGCUUCGGUGCUCCAUUGGUGGAACCAUGCCGAACCAAUCUGGAUAACUGCUGAGAAGAAUAAUCUCCGCACUUCUCUAUAUUGGUGGGAUGGAUGCCAGGUAGAAAUAAAAGGAAAAAAGCCUACCUUUUGUGUUCCUUACAAGUACGUGGGAGAAGAUUGGGAAACGGUAGAUGCCGAUACUAGAAACGCAUUCUUGGAAGCACUAGAUAAAUUAAAGUCCAACGAAGUUCAAUUGGUGCAAGUGUAUUACGAAUCUGUAGACCAUAAAGGGCAUAAAUAUGGACCAGAUUCAGAUGAAAGGAAAGAAGCAUUUAGAAGUAUCGAUAGAUUGUUGUACGAAUUACAAGAGGAGAUAACAAAGCGAGGAUUAGAAGAUCAAGUAAAUUUGGUUGUUGUAUCUGAUCAUGGAAUGACACUAGUAGAUCCUCGUACUACUGAAGUUAUUAACCUAGACUCUGUUCUUCAGCCUUCUGACAUUAAAUAUAUGAUAUAUCAAGGAGCAUCAUGCAUGAUUCUUCCCGAAGAUGGAAAAGAAGUAGAGGUUUAUAAUAAAAUCAAAAAUUAUAAUCAUCCUGGUCUGCAUGUUUAUAGAAAGGAAGAUAUUCCUGAUGAAUAUCAUCUUAAACACAGUUAUCUAACUCUUCCUAUAUUAUUGGUUGCGGAUGAAGGAUACUUUAUCAGUGGAUUGGAUUUUCCUGAUAAAAGUAUUCCUGGAAGAUCAACACUUUCCAAAGGCGGUAGUCAUGGUUAUGACCCUUAUAAAGUCAAGGAUAUGAGAACCAUAUUCUAUGCUAGAGGACCUGACUUGAAGAAAGGAUACAUAUCACCUCCCAUCGAGAAUGUCGAUCAUUAUAAUUUGAUGUGUCAUUUAUUGGGCAUAAAACCACUAUCUAAUAACGGAUCUUUAGAAAGGAUUGAAGGAAUGUUCACCAAUUCUGCGUCUUAUAGUAAAUCGAUAUCCGUCCAAAGCAUGCUGUUCAUUGUAACGUUAAUUAUUACAUUGAUUAUAACGUGAUCUUCUUAACCAAUUUUUUAGAUAAGAAACAUUUUUUCAUUUUUUAAAAUAUUGUGACAAGCUAUUUUAUUUUUCAGUUUGUUUACAUAUUGAUAAACAAUUUGGAAAUAUUGAUAUUGUGUACAGAACUUUUCAUGACCAAUAAAAAUUUUUAAUAAUUAGGAAAAUACUUGUAAUUUAUUUUGAUUCUAAGUGCAAAGUAUUGAAGUACUCGUAAUGUACUGUAUUAUACAGUACAUAUACACAGAAUAUAGAUAAAAACAUUACUCCAGAUUUUAUCUUGCUUAUACUAUGUAUUAGCUAAAUAUAAGUGCACGAGAGUUUGGGAAAGUAGUGAGUUUAGGUAAUAGGUAAUAGUAGAUUUUACAACCUAUUAUCUAACCUCUUGUGCCAUGUCUAUCUUGCAGCAGUGCUUGGCUACCUAGUCGCCACGCACCGCCGCUCCUUUUUUUUUUCAUGAGAUCAAAUCUUAUCUCGACUGCUAUGAAAGAUAGCGACACAGUUUAAAUUACAAAGUCGUAGAGCGUCUCAAAAUUAAUAGAAAAUGUUUUAGUCCGGUUAAAAUAAUGGGGAAACGACACCGUCAA